ACGAAUCACAAGCUCCUCUGGUCAGCUGACUGGAAGUGUGACGCUCUCCGAAGGGUUUUCAACAGCGACUCAAUUAACUGUGUUUUCAGCAAUGUUUUAUUAAAACAGCUUCCGAUUUUAACAGAUUAUUUUGUAGAUUACUGAAGUGAUUCAUAUAAUCGGACCCUUUUUCGGAUUGUUUGAGGAACCAUCAUGACAGAGUUCUGGUUGAUCUCGGCUCCUGGAGAGAAGAACUGCCAGCAGACAUGGGACAAGAUGAACACGGCCACAGCUCAGACCAACCUGUCCACCAACCACAAGUUCAACAUACCUGAACUGAAGGUGGGGACUCUGGAUAUCCUUGUAGGGCUGUCUGAUGAGCUUGCCAAACUGGACUCUUUCGUAGAGAGCGUAGUGAGGAAAGUGGCCCAGUACAUGGCGGAUGUGUUAGAGGACAGUCGAGACAAAGUUCAGGAGAAUCUUUUGGCCAAUGGAGUUGAUCUGGUCACGUAUGUUACGCGGUUUCACUGGGAUAUGGCCAAGUAUCCAAUCAAACAGUCCCUCAAGAACAUCUCCGAGAUCUUGUCCAAGCAAGUGAGUCAGAUUGACAAUGAUCUUAAAGCCAGAGCUUCAGCUUAUAAUAGCCUGAAGGGAAACCUGCAGAGCCUGGAGAGAAAGAAUGUAGGGAGUCUUUUGACUAGGAGCUUGGCUGAUAUAGUCAAGAAGGAGGACUUUGUUCUGGACUCUGAAUAUCUUAUUACUCUACUUGUAGUUGUUCCAAAGACGAGUUAUCCUGACUGGCAGAAGACAUAUGAAACUCUUUCUGAAAUGGUGGUUCCAAGAUCCACAAAGCUUUUAUUUGAGGACCAUGACAGUGGGCUGUUUAGUGUGACACUCUUCAGGAAGGCUAUUGAUGACUUCAAACACAAAGCCAGAGAAAACAAGUUCAUGGUGCGUGAUUUUCAGUACAAUGAAGAGGAGAUGAAAGCAGACAAGGAGGAGAUGACUCGCCUCUCCACUGACAAGAAAAAGCAAUUUGGUCCUUUGGUGCGCUGGCUUAAAGUAAACUUCAGUGAGGCUUUCAUCGCAUGGGUACACAUCAAGGCACUUCGGGUUUUUACAGAAUCAGUCUUGAGGUAUGGGCUGCCAGUCAAUUUCCAGGCUAUGCUGCUUCAGCCCAACAGGAAGAACAUGAAGAAACUGAGAGAAGUUCUGCAGGACCUUUACAAACACUUAGACAGCAGUUCUACUGUUAUUGAUGCUUCUAUGGACAUCCCGGGUCUGAAUCUCAGCCAGCAAGAGUACUAUCCCUAUGUUUACUACAAGAUCGACUGCAACCUCCUUGACUUCAAAUAGAAGGCAAAUUCCAGUGCACCGUUCCAUCCUGCUUCACUGAGACAGUACCCAGUAACUUAUUAAACACUUACUGUUUAUCUUUAUCUUCCUCAUUCCUUCAUCAUUCCUGCAGAUCUGAUUAGAUUUCUAAUAAGAAGUCUUAGAAUCUCACCAUCUGUGUUAUUGGUUUCAUUUGUUUACAAAUGAAGGAUUUUCAGGGGUUUUAAAAUCUGUCCUUCGAAAGCAUGUUUGGUCCAACACUGAACACUCGGCUUUCGCUGAGCCCAUAAUGGUUUUGCAUUCUGUUGUUUUUAAUCUUCUGUUGGUGCGUACUCUGUGCCACGUGCUGGUAAUGCAGUGAUUAUGUUUAAUUGUGUUGCUUAGAACCACUAUGUUUGUGUUUGUACUUCUGCUGUGAGAUUAAAUGUAUUUACUGUAUGUUUUUGUCGGAAAAGGUGAAAUACAUGAUAACAUGCUGGAUGUAAAAACCAAUCAAAGUCAAUAAAAUUAUAGCACAUCA